AUGUCGUUGAUCAUUCCGGAAAAGUUCCAGCACAUUCAUCGUGUGAUGAACACCAACAUCGAUGGUAACCGCAAGGUUCCAUUCGCCCUUACCGCCAUCAAGGCAAGUUUUUUUUUCAAUAAAGCGGUCAUGUAAUUUAUUCAAUUUUUAGGGAGUUGGACGUCGUUUCGCCUUCGUCUGCUGCCGCAAGGCCGACGUUGAUGUCAACAAGCGCGCCGGAGAGCUCACUGAGGAGGACUUUGACAAGAUUGUCACCAUCAUGCAAAACCCAUCCCAGUACAAGAUCCCGAACUGGUUCCUCAACAGACAAAAGGACAUCAAGGACGGAAAGACCUCCCAGGUGAGUAUUUUGUCGAAAUGUAUCGUUGCAAAUUGCUUUCUCUUUAGCUUCUCUCCACCGCCGUCGACAACAAGCUCCGUGAGGAUCUUGAGCGCAUGAAGAAGAUCCGCCUCCACCGUGGACUCAGACAUUACUGGGGACUCCGUGUCAGAGGACAGCACACCAAGACCACCGGACGCAAGGGACGCACCGUCGGAGUGUCCAAGAAGAAGGGAGGAUAA